GAAGAACAAGAAAUCUUUGAAAAUAUACAAUAAUCAUUAAAAGACAACAAAAAUCUACUGCUCGUAACACUCGCAUUUACAUGGAAUUUUUAAAAAUAAAGGGGCAGUAUAGGAUUCGAACCACUUUAACAUUGCUAAGACCCUCCUACUUGUCCACUCGAGUCGCUAUAAAUCAAAUAAAUACAAAGAGCUUUAUUGUUUUAAAUUAGUUUUAUAAAUAAAAAUAUCACAAUCCAAAAUAAAUAAACUAUUUUUACUAAAUUUUAAGCGCCAAAUUUGAGAGAUUAAUACACUUUGAUAAAGCAAGAACCUAAGUCUGAUACAUAUUAAUCACCAAUUUAGCUUUUAUUUGAUUUAUUUUUUUACCUUUUUUGA